GGAGACGGGACCGAGUGAGAGAGGGCCAUGCAUUCCUUGGGGCGACCUGCACGUUGUCCGCGGGCCAGAGGCUGCCUGCCCAAGGUGUGCUGCUGGUGGUGCGGGGUGUGCGUGCUGUACCCCGUGCUCUGCCUGGCCGCUCUGCGCGGCGGGGCGGAGGCCAUGAAGGCGCGCUGCGGACGCGAGCUGGUCGCCGACCUGGAGUUUGUCUGCGGCGACAGAGGCUUCUACAGAGGGAAGGCGGCAACUUCACGCGGCGGCACUCGGCUGCGUGGCAAAGGCAUCGUGGAGCAGUGCUGCCUCCGCGGCUGCGACCUGCUGGAUUUGGAGGCCUACUGCGCGAAGCCACGGCGCUCCCGGAGAUUCGCCCCAGCGGCGGCACCGCCGCCGCAAGCUACGGAGGACGUGAACAUGGCGGAGCUGCGGAGGCGAACGGGCAGACCGCCGAAACCCGUCGCUGCGGCACACGACGGAUCCGCGCCCCAAGAAAGCCUCGCUACGCUCCCGAGGAGAGGCCUGGGCAAGGCGCGGAGGGGUGCCCGCUGGGGACGGUAGCGCGGUAACCCCAAGGGACCGAGGGGGCGCCACCGACUUGAACUGAACACUCACCUGCUGCUCUGUAUUUAUACGAGUGCCUGCGAGGAGGGCCUCGGCACCUGGUCCGAACGGCCCCCCGCGCUCACACGCUGUGCCCUGGUGGGUGGGGCCACAUGGACUCGUGUUUUGUCUGUGUAUUUAUUGCGAGGCUUCAGCCUUUGAGAGCGAGUGUGUUUGUGGCGGCGAACGGGGGAUGCGCCCUCGAACGCGGCCCAGGUGGAAGGAGAGGGAGGCGCUGGAAGAGGGAUCUGCAGGCAGGAGGGUGAUCGAGAUGGAGAGGACGGUGCCGCAGGGCUCUUUCUUCCCUCCUCUUUUCUGUACGAAUGACUCUUUCUUUGCCUCCACGAAAGCAUGUGCACUAUUGAGCGUUUUAAAUGCUUGCUUCCUUAAAUGUCGUACAGUGUUAUUGGCUUUAAUAACUUGAGGUCCGACACUUUUACUGAAAUAUGUCCUAAUAUAUACUGUAACGCUUUUAUAGAGAAACAAAGUUGGUGUCAAAACUGUUAGUUUUUGCACUAAACUCUUCUUUAUAUUAAAUGUAUAGAGAUUCCAAGCCAUGACUGCG